AUGGUCGAACACAGGCAGGCAUGGACUUUCGAUUUUGCGGAAGUGCGCUUUUUUGCAGCAUCUUUCGAAGGCAUGCCCAGGGACGGCGCCUGCCUCGGACACGGCGCAAGGAAACUCCUCUCCGUGCAGUGGAGCAGCACGUUGCUUGCUUCUGGCGCAGGGCGGCCCCGAAGGCGGCUGCCUGGUGAGAGCCGCAGCGGCCUUUCUGGACGCCGCUUGGACGGAGUUGCGGCAGGCGUCGCUGCGGGAGCUGCGGGACCUGGCACCACCACCAGCACCAGCGCACACCCCGACCCCCUGAUCAGCAGCGCCCUGGCCGCGGCCCUCCUCCACACGUGGCGCCGCGGCUCCUCCGUGUGGCCCGCUCUCCUGCAGGCACCGGGGGACCUGCUCGGUGACCUGAAUGAGGUGCUGGUGUGGGAGCUGGCUCCGGAGCCCCUGGCGGCCCUGCUCCGUACCACGACAGCCCUGCUCGACUGCUGGCGGGCGAAUGUGGCGCAGCUAGGGGGCCAUUUGGCGCGGCUUGCGGAGUAUGGGGCGGAGCAGAUGGCGCUGACGUGGAGUACGGCUCGCGGUUCUGGGGCAGCAGCGGCGGUUGGCGGCUGCAUGGGUGCGGCUCAGGAGGAGGCGCACGAGGGGGCCCCUGUGAACCGCGGAGGCGCCGGCGCCGGCGCGAGUGCCGUCGAGUGGCUACUGUGGUGGCGGCUGUACAUGACUGUACAUUGGCGCUUGGAGGCCUGGACGCGCAAGCACAGCGGUGCCAUAUCCCAGGAACGAAGUGUGCGUGGCGGUGGUUGUGGCGGCGGCGGCGGCGGCGGCCUCAUUGGGUCUGGGGGGAGCCCGGGCCGCGGCCCCCACCGGGAUGCCACCGCGCUGGGCACCCGCAGUGUGGACUGCCGGUCGGCUGAGCGGCGGAGUCAUCAGACCGCAGCCAGUGGCCAGGGCUCCUCCUUCGCUGUAUCGGGAGCUGGUGGCGGCGUCCAGGACGUCGCAUGUCAUGGGGGGAAGAUCGGCGCGUGUCAUGCGGGGGCGGAAGAAGGCAAGGAGGGCAAGGCAGAUGGCGCUACCGCCCUCGAGGUGGGCCAGGGGCUAGGUGGUUGCGCGGCGGAGGGACAGCUGGCGGCGGCGGCGGCGGUGGCAGCGGCCUCGUGCGGUUCUCCUCCCGCGCCGCAAGCCCUGCUGGCUAGCUUCGUGUCGGCAUGUGCGCGGAGAGCUGCGGAGGUGGCGCUGACGUCACCUUGCCAGGCGGAGGCGGAGGCGGAGGAAAAGGCGGGACAACAUGUGCUGCGAGCCAGCGGGCAACACCAGCUGCGAGUGACGAGUCUGGAGGUGCUGACUCAGCUGCGGCAGGUGCUGGCUGACGAGGUGCUGGAAGAGGACGUUGCGCGGCGCAUGCGACGGAGCUUGCCGCCCCUGGCCCCGCCCCCUGCGUCCCUACCGGACAUCGCGGCUUUGUCUCCAUGCGGGCCCGGUGUGGCGGCGCAGGAUUGUGUAGACUCAGCUGUCGUGACGGACUUGCCCUUGGCGGGAGGGGGCCUGGUGGUGGAGUUGCCGCCCAGGCGCGUGUCUCGACUGAGCACCAUCCGCGGGCUGAUGUCGCUCCGACAAACGUUGUCGUCGCGAUCGCUAUCUGAUGGGAGGGUGCUGCUGCCGGGCGCUGCUGCCGGGCGAGAGGCCAGGUCGGCUCGGCGGCAGCGUCAGGCAGCGCUGGUAACCGCCGUCUGUUCCUUUCUCCACGAGACGCACUGUUUGCUGGAGGCCAGCCACUGCGUGGCUGUGCUUGGCAGCCCCGGCCCCAACCCCGGCCCCGGCCCCAGCCUAACAGCGGGCGAGGAGGCAGCCCUGGCGGCCGAUAAGUCCGCUUGCCACCCUACGCAACUCCUGUCCCUGCUCCCAGCUCCCUGCACCGUCCUCUUGCGCCUUCCGCACCGCCCCGUCAGCCCGUGGAUUGAGGCCCGUGCAAGAGCCGCAGGCGCCACGGUGCUGGCGGCAGCGGGCAUCCAGCCACUUCCGUCCACUGACGGCACAGCUGCUUCACGCGCCACCGCUGCUGCCAAAGCGGCGGCCUGGGUGACUACCAGGAGGGCGAUAGGGUGCAGCAGAGGGGGUAGGGGUGCGGGCGCCAGCGUUGGCAAUUUCGUUGGUGGAGUCGACCCAGGCGGUGCACCUGCUGCCCCGGCAGCAUGUAGGGGGGCUGUGGACGCACCGGCGGGUCUGGGAGCGGGGGGGAAAGGACCCCCAGCUGCCGAUGGGCCGAGCGGCGGGUGCGUUAAUGCGGAGAGGAUGUGGGCCUGCGGGGUGGAGAGCCAGGUUGAGACCGGUGCAGCGGUGGCAGCAACAACGACAGCGGCUGAGCGCGGGCCUGAGGCGUGUGACGACUGUUCAGCGGCGGCUGCGCGCACCCUCGAGGCGCUGUUCGUUUCUGCAGGCCGGGUGAUCUUGCUGGGUGCAGCGCUCUGUGCCUCAACUGCCUGUAGCAGCAGCAGCCCCCACCACCAGCGCGGUGUGCCGGUGUACCGCUGGGGCAGCUCCAGCCAGGCCUCGGACCCUGCAGAAGCAGCCGCGGCGGCUGCAGCUCCCCGUGCUUCCGGAGGAGGAGCUUGUGCCGCAGUGGGUGGCCGCAGCUCCUUCACUGUGGCCGCACCACCGUAUCCCCUCCACGGUGAGGACCCGAGUAGCGGCUCCUCAGCUUCACACCACCACCAUUACCACCACCACCACCGCAUUUACCUGGUGCACCCCACCGGGCGGGCAUUGCUCCUACACACGGCUGUCUCGGUAUGCGCCGCCGCUACCAACCGCCUCGUGCACAUGGCCUUGCACAUGUACGGCCCUGGGUCGGGCACGGACCUGCUGCCGCUGUGUGUAGCACACAGCGACGCACUGACCCUUGGGUCGGUAGGUGAGGCGCUGCUAGGCCUGACGGCGGCCUUGUGCGGUGGGCAGCAGCACCAGCUAUCGGGGCUCCGACGGACAGCGAUAGGAAGUGAGGCAGCGACGCUGUCGCCGGUGACAGCACGGCAGCGAUUUCCUGCGGCUGCGAAGGCUGACAACAGUGGCUCGCUGGGACAGACCGCCGGCGAUGGCGGCGGUAAGAGCCAUGUGACCAGGGGGAGUCCUUCCCGCAGGGAGCCUGCGUCAGCUGCUGCUGCUACUGCUGUUACUUGUGACCUGCGUCCAUCACCACACAAGAUUAAUUGGCGUCGGUCGCUUCGACGCAUCAUGCCGUACCGUACGGAGCGUGCCGCCGCCGGUCGCGGCAGCACAGUGCAUGGUGUGUCUGAGCGCACCCAGGAGGCGGGGAGCCCUGCAGCUGGAGCCGGCGGGGGUACCCGGCCCUCCGUCAGCCGCGGCUGCUGGGCCGGGGAGCCCAUUGAGCCGGUACCUUUGCCUCCACCUGCACCGCUGUGCAGCAUCUCCACGUCGCACUUGGAGGCAGCGGUUGGCGCACACGUCAGGGCAGCCGCGGCGGCGGCUACGUCACCUCAGGGCCGGCGGUCUCAGCUGGGUCCCCGGGCGUGCAGGGGUGUGGCGACCGCUCCCGCCACUGCCUGCGGGACCCCAGGGACUGUGUGCCCAGGCGGCGGUGGUGCCACGGACUGCCCGCUGGAGCCGGACAGCGACAGCGACAGCGACAGCGAACCGGGUAGGGAUAGGCGGAGGAGCCGGGGCGGCAGGACCACUCCGGGGCCAGGAGGGAAGAAAGGAGUGCGGCACCAGUUGCUGCACCAGCGGCAGCUUACGGACAAUUCCAGGCCGCCGCUGCUAACGCUGCUAGUGCUCAGCGAUGCAGAGGCUAGCCUUCUGCAGCAGCUACGAGCAGUCUGCCUGCAGCUAGGGGUGGUUGCUGCGCGUGCAGGAGGCGUUUUGGAGGAGGAGAUGGGGCAGAGAGCCGCCCGUAUCUGCCGCAGUAUCAGCAGCAAUAGCAACAGCACGAAUGGGCAGGUGAAAGACGGAGCAGUUGGCCUCCAAGGUGGAGGGACACCCUCCACAUCACAACAGGUGGCCACUAGUUUGCUGAAGCCCCUGGUGAAGGCGCUAGCAGGUCUGCAUCCCGCCAGCCAGUCCGAGCUACUGACCAGGGGCUUCACUGCAGUCCUGAGGGUACUGCGGCUGCAGUACAGCGGCGCUGCUGACAGUGGCAGCGGUGGCGGCAGGGGUGGUACAGUUGCUCGAAGAGGGGCCGGCGGGGCAAGGCCACAAUUGGAAGAAGGCUUGGCGUUGUUGGAGGAGGAAUUCAUGGUGGGUUGGAAGCAGCUUGAAGCAGCGGGGAGUGGUGAUGGUAGCAGGGGAAGGGGAGCCGGAGUGACGGCAUGUACGGGUGUCAGGUAUGGGGAGGCGGCGGCUCCGUCUCCGGGCUGGGCCAUGGGAGGGUACGACUUUGCAAGCGCACACGCAGUGUUGAUGGCGCAGUGUGUGAAGAGUGGUCACAACACCGAUGGUGCCAUGGCAGUGCUGUGA